AUGUCUCUCGUCAGCGGAGAGAAGUCGAACUUCCAGUACAUUCUCCGUCUUCUCAACACCAACGUCGAUGGCAAGCAGAAGAUCAUGUACGCCUUGACCCGGAUCAAGGGUGUCGGUCGCCGCUACUCCAACUUGGUGUGCAAGAAGGCCGAUGUCGAUUUGAACAAGCGUGCCGGUGAAAUCACCACCGAAGAGCUCGAGCGAAUUGUCACCAUCAUCCAAAACCCGACUCAGUACAAGAUCCCAGAAUGGUUCCUCAACAGACAACGCGACAUCGUCGACGGCAAGAACUCGCAAGUUCUGGCAAACGGCAUGGAGAGCAAGCUGCGUGAGGAUUUGGAACGUCUCAAGAAGAUCCGUGCUCACCGUGGUCUCCGACACUACUGGGGUCUCCGCGUCCGAGGUCAACACACCAAGACCACUGGCAGAAGAGGUCGCACUGUCGGUGUCAGCAAGAAGAAGGGUUAA